GUACCAGGAAGGGUUUGUGAUAAAUCAGCCGGACCAGUGAGAGUGAAGGAACAACAAGCAAAGAAUUGUACCAGGAAGGGUUUGUGAGGCGGAGACUCACGACAUCACAGCACGAGGAGUUGGAGGAGGAAGAGGAAAGACUGAAAUCGAAACUGAAACUUCAUCUUUGACAGAUGACAAAGAAGAUGAGUUGGAGGAAACUGCAGCUACAGUGAAGAUUGAUCCAGUGAAUAAACCUGGUGAAAGUGAACAACAUGGAGACAGAACAGACGGAGAGUCUGAAAUCAAGUCUUUAUCAUCCAAUGGGAAAGACUUUUUGCUUUUAACUGCCAAUAUGAGCUCUACAGAGGACAAUAAAACACUGAUGGACACAAGUCCACCAUCGCAACCUAAUGAAUUGAAUCCAGAGCUUACUCUUGUGUUAAUUGGUGACACAAAUUCUAUUAAGGUGGGACCGGAAAAUAUCUUGCUUGCCAACGAUGAGCAGACACAUAUGCAGCAUCUGUCACCCAAACUGUAUGAUCUGUGUGGUCGACACAUCUCUGUGAUCAACAUGCUUGGUCAGCAAAACACUGAGAACCUCCUGCUAAAUCAGGGAGCUCAUGUUUUUCUCCUGAUAUUACCAAAUAGUCUGGAUAGCAGCCAACAUAGUGCAGGAGUGCAGUGGUUGGAAAAGGCUUUUGGGAAAGAGUCACUUUCUUAUUUAAUAACAGUUGUGACUCAUGAUGCAGAUGCAGAGUGUGAAAGUGCACUGACAGAUUUGAAAGCUAACACAGGUUUUGAUGAAAAAAGGUACCACGCAUGCACUAAAACUAUGACAGAUGUUAAGGAAAUGACAGCACUGCUGGAAAAAAUAGAUGUUAUGGUCUCUGAAAAGAAGCCAAACUGCGGCAGCAGAGGGACGCUGGAUGAGAAUGAUGAGCAAAAACAUGUGGACUUCAAAUCAAACACAGAAGAAGGGACGGAUUCCUCAGAGUUUCAGCAAAAUCAGACAGGUUGUCCUGCAGAAGAUGAGGGGAAGAGUUCAUCUAACGUCAAAGUGAAGAGUGACCUGCUGAAUGAACCCGGUGAUGUUGAGCACUCAAAUAAUGAUGACAGCACAGUGGCAAAAGAAGAUGAGUUGGAGGAAACUGCAGCUACAGUGAAGAUUGAUCCAGUGAAUAAACCUGGUGAAAGUGAACAACAUGGAGACAGAAAAGACAGAGAGUCUGAAAUCAAGUCUUUAUCAUCCAAUGGGAAAGACUUUUCGCUUUUAACUGCCAAUAUGAGCUCUACAGAGGACAAUGAAACACUGAUGGACACAAGUCCACCAUCGCAACCUAAUGAAUGGAAUCCAGAGUUUACUCUUGUGUUAAUUGGUGACACAAAUUCUAUUAAGGUGGGACCGGAAAAUAUCUUGCUUGCCAACGAUGAGCAGACACAUAUGCAGCAUCUGUCACCCAAACUGUAUGAUCUGUGUGGUCGACACAUCUCUGUGAUCAACAUGCUUGGUCAGCAAAACACUGAGAACCUCUUGCUAAAUCAGGGAGCUCAUGUUUUUCUCCUGAUAUUACCAAAUAGUCUGGAUAGCAGCCAACAUAGUGCAGGAGUGCAGUGGUUGGAAAAGGCUUUUGGGAAGGAGUCACUUUCUUAUUUAAUAACAGUUGUGACUCAUGAUGCAGAUGCAGAGUGUGAAAGUGCACUGACAGAUUUGAAAGCCAACACAGGUUUUGAUGAAAAAAGGUACCACACAUGCACAAAAAGUAUGACAGAUGUUUAUGAAAUGACAGCACUGCUGGAAAAAAUAGAUGUUAUGGUCUCUGAAAAGAAGACAUACUGCGGCAGCAGAGGGACGCUGGAUGAGAAUGAUGAGCAAAAACAUGUGGACUUCAAAUCAAACACAGAAGAAGGGACGGAUUCCUCAGAGUUUCAGCAAAAUCAGACAGGUUGUCCUGCAGAAGAUGAGGAGAAGAGUUCAUCUAACGUCAAAGUGAAGAGUGACCUGCUGAAUGAACCCGGUGAUGUUGAGCACUCAAAUAAUGAUGACAGCCCAGUGGCAAAAGAAGAUGAGUUGGAGGAAACUGCAGCUACAGCAAAGAUUGAUCCAGUGAAUAAACCUGGUGAAAGGGAACAACAUGGAGACAGAAAAGACAGAGAGUCUGAAAUCAAGUCUUUAUCAUCCAAUGGGAAAGACUUUUCGUUUUUAACUGCCAAUACAGGCUCUACAGAGGACAAUAAAACACUGAUGGACACAAGUCCACCAUCACAACCUAAUGAAUUGAAUCCAGAGUUUACUCUUGUGUUAAUUGGUGACACAAAUUCUAUUGAGAUUGGACCGGAAAAUAUCUUGCUUGCCAACGAUGAGCAGACACAUAUGCAGCAUCUGUCACCCAAACUGUAUGAUCUGUGUGCUCGACACAUCUCUGUGAUCAACAUGCUUGGUCAGCAAAACACUGAGAACCUCCUGCUAAAUCAGGGAGCUCAUGUUUUUCUCCUGAUAUUACCAAAUAGUCUGGAUAGCAGCCAACAUAGUGCAGGAGUGCAGUGGCUGGAAAAGGCUUUUGGGAAAGAGUCACUUUCUUAUUUAAUAACAGUUGUGACUCAUGAUGCAGAUGCAGAGUGUGAAAGUGCACUGACAGAUUUGAAAGCCAACACAGGUUUUGAUGAAAAAAGGUACCACACAUGCACAAAAAGUAUGACAGAUGUUAAGGAAAUGACAGCACUGCUGGAAAAAAUAGAUGUUAUGGUCUCUGAAAAGAAGCCAUACUGCGGCAGCAGAGGGACGCUGGAUGAGAAUGAUGAGCAAAAACAUGUGGACUUCAAAUCAAACACAGAAGAAGGGACGGAUUCCUCAGAGUUUCAGCAAAAUCAGACAGGUUGUCCUGCAGAAGAUGAGGGGAAGAGUUCAUCUAACGUCAAAGUGAAGAGUGACCUGCUGAAUGAACCCGGUGAUGUUGAGCACUCAAAUAAUGAUGACAGCCCAGUGGCAAAAGAAGAUGAGUUGGAGGAAACUGCAGCUACAGCAAAGAUUGAUCCAGUGAAUAAACCUGGUGAAAGGGAACAACAUGGAGACAGAAAAGACAGAGAGUCUGAAAUCAAGUCUUUAUCAUCCAAUGGGAAAGACUUUUCGUUUUUAACUGCCAAUACAGGCUCUACAGAGGACAAUAAAACACUGAUGGACACAAGUCCACCAUCACAACCUAAUGAAUUGAAUCCAGAGUUUACUCUUGUGUUAAUUGGUGACACAAAUUCUAUUGAGAUUGGACCGGAAAAUAUCUUGCUUGCCAACGAUGAGCAGACACAUAUGCAGCAUCUGUCACCCAAACUGUAUGAUCUGUGUGCUCGACACAUCUCUGUGAUCAACAUGCUUGGUCAGCAAAACACUGAGAACCUCCUGCUAAAUCAGGGAGCUCAUGUUUUUCUCCUGAUAUUACCAAAUAGUCUGGAUAGCAGCCAACAUAGUGCAGGAGUGCAGUGGCUGGAAAAGGCUUUUGGGAAAGAGUCACUUUCUUAUUUAAUAACAGUUGUGACUCAUGAUGCAGAUGCAGAGUGUGAAAGUGCACUGACAGAUUUGAAAGCCAACACAGGUUUUGAUGAAAAAAGGUACCACACAUGCACAAAAAGUAUGACAGAUGUUAAGGAAAUGACAGCACUGCUGGAAAAAAUAGAUGUUAUGGUCUCUGAAAAGAAGCCAUACUGCGGCAGCAGAGGGACGCUGGAUGAGAAUGAUGAGCAAAAACAUGUGGACUUCAAAUCAAACACAGAAGAAGGGACGGAUUCCUCAGAGUUUCAGCAAAAUCAGACAGGUUGUCCUGCAGAAGAUGAGGGGAAGAGUUCAUCUAACGUCAAAGUGAAGAGUGACCUGCUGAAUGAACCCGGUGAUGUUGAGCACUCAAAUAAUGAUGACAGCCCAGUGGCAAAAGAAGAUGAGUUGGAGGAAACUGCAGCUACAGCAAAGAUUGAUCCAGUGAAUAAACCUGGUGAAAGGGAACAACAUGGAGACAGAAAAGACAGAGAGUCUGAAAUCAAGUCUUUAUCAUCCAAUGGGAAAGACUUUUCGUUUUUAACUGCCAAUACAGGCUCUACAGAGGACAAUAAAACACUGAUGGACACAAGUCCACCAUCACAACCUAAUGAAUUGAAUCCAGAGUUUACUCUUGUGUUAAUUGGUGACACAAAUUCUAUUGAGAUUGGACCGGAAAAUAUCUUGCUUGCCAACGAUGAGCAGACACAUAUGCAGCAUCUGUCACCCAAACUGUAUGAUCUGUGUGCUCGACACAUCUCUGUGAUCAACAUGCUUGGUCAGCAAAACACUGAGAACCUCCUGCUAAAUCAGGGAGCUCAUGUUUUUCUCCUGAUAUUACCAAAUAGUCUGGAUAGCAGCCAACAUAGUGCAGGAGUGCAGUGGCUGGAAAAGGCUUUUGGGAAAGAGUCACUUUCUUAUUUAAUAACAGUUGUGACUCAUGAUGCAGAUGCAGAGUGUGAAAGUGCACUGACAGAUUUGAAAGCCAACACAGGUUUUGAUGAAAAAAGGUACCACACAUGCACAAAAAGUAUGACAGAUGUUAAGGAAAUGACAGCACUGCUGGAAAAAAUAGAUGUUAUGGUCUCUGAAAAGAAGCCAUACUGCGGCAGCAGAGGGACGCUGGAUGAGAAUGAUGAGCCAAAACAUGUGGACUUCAAAUCAAACACAGAAGAAGGGACGGAUUCCUCAGAGUUUCAGCAAAAUCAGACAGGUUGUCCUGCAGAAGAUGAGGGGAAGAGUUCAUCUAACGUCAAAGUGAAGAGUGACCUGCUGAAUGAACCCGGUGAUGUUGAGCACUCAAAUAAUGAUGACAGCCCAGUGGCAAAAGAAGAUGAGUUGGAGGAAACUGCAGCUACAGUGAAGUGGAAGGCCGACGGUGGUGGUUCUCCUGGGUGGUCGUGGUCCUGUGUGCUGUGUGAUCCCUUUUUAAGAUUUUAUUUGUUUACACGUCACCUUUUGCUGUGUGUGUGGGGUGUCCUCCUUUUCCUUUUGGAUGUCACUUCCCCUACCAAACCCCUCCUCCAGCCGAGUGACCUGCUGAUUGAACCCGGUGAUGUUGAGCACUCAAAGAAUGAUGACAGCCCAGUGGCAAAAGGUGCUGCAGAUGAGGUUACACAUGAAGACAAGGACAAGGUCGGUAAAAUGCCAAAUUCUGCGAAGAUUUCUGAAGAGAUCGACAAGGAAAAUCCACACCAAAGAGUAACUGAAACACUGCUCAGACUUGAUCUUCAAGACAAACAUCAACAGAAGUUGACUUCAGAAGAUUUUCUCAAAAUUGGUCCAGCUAUGAAAAAGUACCAUGUGACUUCAGAGAAAGAAUUAACAAAUACAUUUCUUCACAAGCUUCUCAUGUUAGACUACAGAGCCAGAUAUAUUCCUGUUAAACAAGAGAUUCCCGAGGUGAGUGAUUCAAAACCUAUUCAAGUGUGUGAUAGUGCUGAAGUAGAGGACAUAGAUGAUAUGGAUGAUUUUUUUAGCACAAGUGAAGACACUAAACAAACAAAAGAGACUCAUUUGCAUCCAAUGGACAUUCAAAUGGCAGUAUUUCACUGUUCAGACAGCUUCCUCAAGCAGAACAUUGUAUCAAAGCUCUCACAAUGUCAGUAUGCUUUACCUUUGCUUGUUCCUGACCCAGUUACGAUGGAUAUUGAGUGUCCUCUUUGGACAUUCAGAAAAAUAACAAAAAGCUGGAAGACAACUGAUAUCCAAACUGACAGCAAAAUAAUGAAGAGCAUGCCCAUCUGCAAAGCCAAGACACCCAUGGUGUCAUUUUUGCGACUGGAUUCACUAUCAGUGUCAAAAUCUCAGCUGAUAAACACGUUGAUCAACGACCGUCACAGCACUUUCUUCCACAAACACCUUCAAGGAAGCAACAAAACUCGCCACUUGGUGGAUGGCAUGGCAGAGAUUGCCUGGUACUGCCCGACUGGAUGCAAUGAUGCCUUCAAUGACUGUGUUGCCUUCUGUAAUCUCCAUGGUGAUGCUCUGUUGUUUGAGAAACAGCGUGACAUACUUAUUGAAAAAUCUUCAGUUAAUGUUGUGCUUGUACCAACUCUGGAAAAGGGUCACAAAAGUUGGGGAGUAAUCGAGGCUCUCUGGAAACGUCUAAAGCCUCUCAUUAUUCUCAUUACUGAUACUGACGGUGGUAAAGAUCAGAAGAAACAGGGCAGAUACAAAAUAAGUCUAAAAGACAGAAGUCAUUCAGAUAUUACUGAAGAACUGAAAACAAUCAUUGGACACAUUUUGUAUGAGUCACAUACAUCCUUCCAGCUUGAAAGUAUGGCAGAGUUCCCUGGAAUCAGAGUGGAUGAAGAUGACCCAGUCUGCCGAAAAGGGAAAUCUGCUGCAUUGGAAAUGAUGAAUUUGCUUAAGAAGAUACAGGAUGUCACAGAAAUCAAAAGCAAAUUCCUCCCUUGUCAAGGCCAAUUGUGGCAUGAGUGGAGCAGAAUAAAAAAAGAGCUGUACCACCUGACAGGACAGAUUGAGUUUGAGAAAUCUAAAAAGGAAAAUGAACUGAUAAAAAUACGACAAGAUCAGUGCAAACAUUCCUGUAGUGAGCUGAUAAAGCUGUUUACUGAUAAUCUUUUGUCUCUGUCAUCAACUGAGAGACAGUAUUUCCUGAAAUGGACUCAGAUCUUCCUUGAUGACCAUGUUACUGAUGAUCUGUCUGUAAUUCUGCAAAACUAUGAUAAAAAAUGGUCUGAGGUCUUGGCUCUGAAAAAGAAACACAACAAAUCUGACCUUUUCAAAAGCAAACAAACUGAGCUUGAACAAAUAUCAACAAAACUCCAGUCAGCAUCUUUUGGUUUGGAGCACAUCUUUAGAGAAAUGGGGCAGAUCUAUGAAGCCCAUAAAUCUCAGAAGAAACGAGAAUGCAAACAUACAGACUGGUUUAAAUACCCCGAGCUUGCUGCAGAGCUGAUGUUAUCAGGACACCCAAUGGAGCUUAUGGAUGGUGAUGCAGGUAAUGUCCCGCUGACAUGGAUCUCUAGUCUUUUAGAUGAGGUCAUCAAAAAACUAGGUGAUAAGAGAGUUUUUGUUCUUUCAGUUUUGGGAAUACAAAGCAGUGGAAAAUCAACAAUGCUGAAUGCCAUGUUUGGGUUAGAGUUUGCAGUGAGUGCUGGCAGGUGCACCAAGGGAGCCUUCAUGCAGCUGGUUAAAGUGUCUGAGGAGGUCAAGGAGAAAUUCACGUUUGACUACAUUCUUGUGGUAGACACGGAAGGACUACGUGCUCUUGAGUUAGGCAGUGCCACUCUUCACCAUGACAAUGAACUGGCAACAUUUGUUGUUGGUCUGGGAAACCUGACAUUGAUCAACAUCUUUGGCGAGAAUCCAGCUGAGAUGCAAGAUGUUCUGCAGAUUGUUGUGCAGGCCUUCAUGAGGAUGAAGAAAGUUAAUCUUUCUCCAAGUUGCAUGUUUGUUCACCAGAAUGUUACAGAUAUUACAGCUGUAGAGAAAACCAUGGAUGCAAAGAGACGUCUGCAAGACAAACUGGACCAGAUGGCUCAACUUGCUGCCAAAGAGGAGGUGUGUGAUGUGGAAUAUUUCAGUGAUGUCAUUGCAUUUGAUGUUGAAAAGGAUGUGAAAUACCUUGCCCAACUAUGGGAAGGAAGUCCACCUUUGGCUCCCCCAAAUCCAGGUUAUUGUGAGAGUGUCCAGGAGCUAAGGAGCAUGAUCCUCUCUAAAGCUUCAGAUUCUGCUGGGAUUACUCUGUCACAGUUUAAAAUCAAAAUCCAGGAUCUUUGGAAUGCCCUUCUGCAAGAAAACUUUGUUUUCAAUUUCAAAAACACAUUUGAAAUUGCAGUGUACAGAAAACUUGAGGUCCAGUUUGGGAAAUGGACCUGGAUCCUGAGGAGCAACAUGUUGACCAUUGAAAACCAGCAGUAUAACUGCAUUGAAAAUGGAAUUACUGACAAAGUUGAGCUCACUCUUCUUAAUGAAAAAAUGAGCAAAACCUAUGAAGAAACCAAAGAAGAAAUUCAAAAGUAUUUUGAUCAUGACAAAGACAAAGAAAUAUUGGUUCAGUGGCGAGGACGAUUUGAAAGCAAAAUCAGAGAUUUUCAUGAGGAACUGGUAAAGGAAACAAAAAGAAAAUUGGAUGAAAUCAUCCAACAGAAGAAUGCAUGUAAAAAGCUAAAUGAUGAGAAGACAGAGUUUGAGAACAAGCUUCUGCAGAAGAGCAAAGAGCUCGCUCAUCAGUUAAAAGACAAGGGACAAGAUGAAAAGGAAUUAAAAAAGCAGUUUGACCAUGUUUGGAAAGGCUGGGUGGACGAACUAACUUCAGAUACAAAACCUAUUGAAGACAUCAACUUUGAAAAAGAACAGAACAAGGUCUUGACUGACCUUGGUAUUGAAUGGUAUCUCAUGUAUGACUCCAAACGCUGUGGCAGACAUAAAGAAUUACCAGUGUGUGGGACUUAUUCUGAUUACAUCACUCCAAAGACGUUGGUUGGAAAGAUAAAGAAGCUAUUCUAUCAUGACCACGAACAAAUCAGAUCCUUCAUUGCCAGAGUUGAACAACAGUCCAUUGAUAAUAUUAAGACUAAACCGGUAAUCACAAGAGGUUUCCAAUCAACUUACUUACAAGAAGUGGCCAACAAUGUUAUAAAAGAAGUAACAGAACUUGAAGCAGAGCUGGAAUGCAAAGCAAAGAAGGAGUUUAAAGUUGAUCUCUUACUGUAUGUGUUUGACAGAGCAACAAUUUGGCUUUCAGAGUCUCACAAGAAAUUCAAGAUCAACAAUGAUGCCAUUGCUUACCUUGAGGGCAAGAAAACACAGUAUUAUGAUAUUUUUAAAAGCUUCUGCAAAGGACACUCCUCUGCUGUUGUGUUUGGAAAAGUGAUCUGUGAAAAACUCCGGUCUGCUACUGCUCAGGCAGUCUUUACUAAGACUGCCAUUGAUCUUGCUGGAGAGAUGAAAUGUAAUUUCCCAGCAUUCAAUGGGAACCGGUUGGUCUUGGAGAAACAUGUGUUGAAGUCACUGGCAGAGAAAGGCUCAUUUAAAGACUACAUUAAUUACAUUCAGCGGCCAAGAAAACAUGUAGAGUCUUAUAUUGAAGAGCAAGUGAAGAAAUAUAUCUUCACAGAUCAUGAAGACAGAACAAUGGAUAUACGGGAAAAAAAUGCUGAAGACAUCAAAAGAGUGGUAAAUCAAGCUUUAUUUACUGCAUCGAAAAAUGUCAAAACCCAGAGAGGAAGCACAGACCUGUGGCUGAAGGAAUUUUCCAGUUUGCUAAAAGAUGAACUGACCAUUGGUGAUAUUUCUUCUGAAAAUUUCAGUGACAUUACCAACUUCGACUUUCUAAAGGACGAAAUAAAGACAGGAUUUGAAUCCAUCAUUGAAGAAACAAACAAACUCCCACUGAAUGAAAUGAAGGAAUCCAGACUGAAGCCUGAGAAAAUCCUCAUUGAUCAGUUGUGCAAUUGUUGCUGGGUAACGUGUCCUUUCUGUGCAGCUGUUUGCACCAACACCCUGAAAGAUCACAGCCCUAAUGAUCACAGUGCACCUUUUCAUCGAUCCGAUGCAGUACAGGGUUGGCAUUACAGAAACACAGUGGAAAUGUCAGUUGAUUUCUGCACAACAAACGUUGCCAGCUUUGGAUUCUUUUACCCUCAUCAUGAUUCAGAAAAGUUCAUUCCCUAUAAAUGGUACCGAACUGGUGGCCCAAAGUAUGCUCGUUGGAACAUUACCCCUGAUGACUCUGAACUGCCAUACUGGAAAUGGUUUAUAUGUCAAUAUCAAAAUCAACUAGAAGAACACUACAAAUUAAAAUUUCAGGGAUGGGGAAAAAUUCCUGAAAACUGGAAAAAAAUCUCAAAAGAAGAAGCUAUUGAAAGUCUGGAUGAACUGUUCAGUUUGUGAGAGGCCACAAACAAAUGCAGCUCUGCUCAUCAUACUGGUUUGUUUUUGACUCAUUUUCAUGACGCAAACUUAAAAAAAAAUGGCCUCAAUGAAUAAACGCAAAUUAAAUGAGUCAUGGGUGACUAUGGGGAGUUUCAUGCUAAUGUAAAGAUCUUCUUAACUCAAAACUUAAAGGGAAAAAAAGACCAGAAGAGCAAUGUGACCAUGUAUUGCAUGAAAAAAAAGAUAUGGUAUAUGCAUUAACGUUCAAAGUAACUUUUUUUUGGUUAUUGCUAUAUAAAGAUACAUUAAUUGAUUUAUGCCAUGGACAGAAAAAACUUUCAUUUUUAUAUUUCAGCUUUUUUCUUGUAUAAUUUUACCUUUUGUGUGGUUGUAAGGUUGCUGUUUUUUAAUUUUUGUUAUACAGAUAUAUGUACCUUGACACGAUAAAUCAUUUUUGAAGUGAGAAAAUAGAUGUUAAUUAACAUUUCAAUUCAAAUGAAAGAAUGAGUUAUUUUUCUUUUAUUGUUACCUUUAUGACUUUGUUUAGAUUUUAUUUUAUUGUGGUUUGAUUUGCAAUUUAUGAUGUAAAUGAAAAGUAACCUAUGGUUCUAGUCAUAUUAUUGUUUAACAUAUGCUUUGUCAUCCAUCUCUCCAUUUUCUACCACUUUAUCCUCCAUAUGAGGGUCGAGGGGGAAGCUGGAGCCAUGUAAUCAAUAUUUUUUUCUGAUUUUAAUGUCAAGAUAUGAAGAAAGAGUUGUGUUUGUGCAGUCCUGGUAAUUGACACUCUUUAGAGAUUAUAACAAGCUUAAAUAUGUAAUGUCUUUCUUGAUUUAUUUGAUGUAAGUACACACCAGGAACCUUCAGGGAAGCAUUCAUUACAUGAUAGAUGACUUUUUAAAGUCUGGUAUCAUCUGACCUCCUGGUUAAUACUAGAUGGACAUUUGUCAGCUCAUGGUGUUUUUAUAUUCGAGAAAAACAUUUAAUAAAAAAAAAUCAUAUUGCA